UGUUACCAGUCGAUAGAACAGCCGAACGCGAGGUCACGAAAAUGUCACCGCCUGUCAAUAAUCACCACGUGACAGACAGCACAUGGAAGAUGGGCUAUGGCAGAGAGUUGGACGAGGGAGAAUGACGGUUUGCCUCGUCGUGUUUAUUCAUGGGGUGCCAACAGUUAUGGUCAGCUAGCCCAAGGACAUAAAGAUGAUGUCCUUGAACCAAGGGAAGUAACUUGCGUGCCUGAUGAUAUCCUCAGUAUCUGUGGUGGAGGGGGGCACACGCUGGCAAUAACAAGAAAUGGCAAGUUACUUUCAUGUGGAUCUGAUGAGAAAGGUCAGGCAGGUAAAGGUCAUGAUAAGACGACCUUGACAUCUGUCGAAGAACUGGAAGAUCAACAGAUAAUAAAGGCAGCAGGUGGUUGGGAUUUUACCCUUGCUCUGUCUGUUAAAGGAGAAGUGUUUUCCUGGGGCUCCAAUGCUUUUGGGCAGCUUGGAUAUCACACUACAAAGUCUUCUUCUAUUCCCAUGGUGGUGAACAUUCCUGGCAGGCCCAAAGUUGUUGAUGUCUCGGCUGGUCUGAGACAUGCAGUUGCCAUCACAGAGUCAGGGCAAGUUUAUACAUGGGGUCAAGGUCGGAAAGGUCAGCUUGGCGUUCAUCUGUCGCCUAAGGUGCACGAAGUUGAUCAACCAACUGAAGUCAAGUUUCCAGGCAGUUUGUCAGCUAGACUUGCAGUGGCAGGGUCAAACCACACAGCGGUUCUCACCAGUACAGGUGAGGUGUGUAUGUGGGGCUGCAACAGACAUGGCCAGAUGACCUUCAACCCAGAGACCACCUCCCAGCAUGCAUUACCACACCUAGUUCCCUCAGAAAUGUUCGGUGGGAGAAGAGUUGUCUCCCUUCACUCAGGUUGGACCCAUCUUGUAUCGUGCACUGAGGAUGGAUCAGUAUAUACCUGGGGUCGUGCUGACUAUGGUCAACUCGGGAGAUCAUGUGACAGAUCACAUGACUGGAUACCUCGACCAGUCAUCAGUUUGCAGAAUAGUAAAGCUGUGACAUGUGGAUCUGAGCACAGCCUGGCCAUUGAUGCGGACGACCAUCUUGUGACGUGGGGCUGGAACGAACAUGGGAUGUGUGCUACUGGAGAUGAAGUAAAUGUCAAGGUUCCUCACAAGGUGGCAGCACUGAAUGACAAGGAAGUCGGUCAUAUUGGAUCUGGCGCUGGACAUAGUUUUGUGAUUCUUGCAGGAACGCCUUGAUCCACGUUGCAGGAACGCCUUGAUCCACGUUGCAGGAAAGCCUUGACCCAUGUUAAAGGUACACCUUUAUUCAUGUUGCCGGAAGGCCUCGAUACAUGUGAAAUUCAAGAUAUUAGAACAAAGGUACUGUGAUAUUGAAUGGACUGUCAACUGCUUUGUG